AUGAAAAAUAUAUUUAUUUCGUGUUUGUAUAUUUUCAUUAUUGCUUUUUUACAUAUAUAUCUUUUUGUAUAUUUUGAUAAAAUAUCCGAACCGUUAAAAAAAGAUGUAGAAGACGAAAUAUUUUCUGAGGAAAGGAGCUUAGAAAUUUCGUAUAGAUUAAGCACAUUUGAUAAUGAUAUAAAAGAAAAUAUAUUAGAUAAUGAUAUUAAAGAAGAUUAUUUAGAUUAUUUAUAUAAGCAAGUUGGUCAUUAUGCCAACGAAGUGAUGGUUGUAGAACUAUUAAGAAAGGAGUUGUUUGAAAAUAUAUUAAAAGAAAAAUCAGACUAUAUAAAUUUAGGUUUUGUUAAAUAUGGAAUAUAUAUUCCUGAUGAUUUAGUAAAUGAUUAUAAAAAAAAUUUAAAAUUCAAUGAAAUAUUGGCCCCUUUUAUAAAAGAUAAUAGUUGCAUUUGCUUUGGAGAAAUAAAAAUUGAUAAUAAUAAUUUAGAAAGCAUAAAUGUAAAGGAAGAAAAAUUGAUAAACAUAGUUAAACUACAUAUAAUAGAGACGGAAGGUAUAAUGACUUGUGAAGAAAAUAUAUCAUGUAAUGAUGCAAAACUUAACGGAUUUUAUUACUUUGAUGUAAAAAGAAAUAUAUAUUAUAAUGAACACAUUUUAGAAAGUAUUAUGGACAAUAUAAAAGAAUUAAAAGAAGAUAGUUUAAAAAAUCAUUUAACAAAUAAUCUAAUAUACAUUGAUGAACAGCAUUACAAAAAUUAUGCACAUACAUAUAAAUUUACUGAGUCAUACACAACUAUAUACAAAGGAGUUGCUACAUAUUUAAUUCGUGCAGUAUCUGGUUACAUUAUAAAUGAGAAUUUUAAAAAAAAUUUCGAAUUAUAUGAAAAUGAAAAGUUUUUACAAAAUUUGAAUACUGAAGAAAUGAAAGCUUUUUUUGAGUUUUCAAAAGGACUAAAUUAUUUUAUGAUUUCUUCUCAUUAUGAUAGCUCUAUUCAGUCUCCUGCCGUUUCUGAUGCAGGAGCAUAUGUAGCUGUUAUGAUUGAACUGUUCAGAAAUUUAAUUAGUAGAAAAAUAUUUUUAACUCCAUUUAUUUUAAAUUUUAAUGGGGCAGAAGAAGCUUAUUUACUCAGUGCUCAUGGAUUUAGUAAUAUUCAUAUAUGGUCUCUUGGUGUAAAGUAUUACAUUAAUUUGGAUUCUAUUGGUUAUGGUGGACAGUUUAUAAUUUAUAGAACUCCAUAUAAAAAUAAAGAAAUUUUAAAUUUUUAUAAAAAGUAUUCAUUAAAUCCAACAUUUUCUUCAUUUGCUAAUGAUGCUGAAUAUUUUACUGGAAAUAAUACUGAUUAUAAAGCUUAUAAUUCUUAUAUGAAAUCAUCAGAGGGUCUUGACAUAGUUACAUGUAUAAAAGGAUAUUUUUAUCAUACAUCACAUGAUAACAUAAAUAACUUAAAAAGAGGAACUAUGCAACAUAUAGGUAAUAACAUGCUAGAAUUGAUAUCAAAUAUAUUAAAAGAUAUGCACUCUGAUUUUUUAGUAGAAAAAAAAAAUUUAGAAAAUAAUUCCAAAGACAACGUAAAUGAGACCAAUAAAUUUAACUUUAUAAUUAAACCUUUUAAACUAUUGAAUACAAAAAUUAAUAAUUUAAUUGAUAUAUUAAGUGUAGAACAUUACUUCUUUUAUGAUUUUAUACCUAAUUACGUAUUAGUAAUAAGUAAAUUUAACAUGCUUUUUUGCUUUUUUAUCCUUGCUUUUCUAAAAUUUUUUUUAUCUCUAGUAGAAAAAAAAUUGUAUAACAGAGAAGUUAGCAUUUAUUCAACCUUGUUAAUACUUCUCUUCUCUUAUAUCCUUCCUUUAUUAUUAACACUUGGGAUACUAUAUUUAUUUGAGUUGUUUAAGAAUUUACUAAAUUUAAAAGUUUUUUAUUAUACUAAUAUAUUUUUAGUUUAUUUAGUUUAUGGAUCACUUGCAUUUAUAUCAUUUUAUUAUUUUCAUUAUCAAAUAACAAAAAUUCUUGUGGGUUUAUUAAAAAAAAAAGAAAUUAAUUAUAAUAAAAAAAAUGAAAAGGAAAAGAAAAACAAUUCAAAACAAAACGGGAAAUUUUAUGAUGGAAGAACAAGAGAAUCUUUACAUAUUGAACAAGAUGUUUGUUUAAAUUUAACAGAAUAUAGUGAAAUAAAUGAUGAAGGAAGAAAUGAAGAAAAUAAGUUAGUUAAAAAUAAUAAAUUUGAUAAUCCAGUAAAAUAUGAAGAAGAAGAAAUAAGUAGUAAAGUUAACUAUAUAGAAUGUGAGGAAAUGUUUGAAAUGAAAAAAAAAAAAACAGAAAAUAAUAUAAAUAAGAAAGAAGAUUCUUGUAAUGAAUUAUAUUUAUAUAUGGCAUUAUAUGGUUAUAAUGCUUCCUUUUACUUAUAUAUGUUACUUUUUCUUUUAGCAUUCUUUUUAAAUUUAGGAUUAUCUUUUAUUCUUCUUUUUUUUGCAAGUGGUAUAUUAUUAGUAAAAGUAUUGACAUUAAUUUUAAAUGUAACAUGCCUAAAAUCAAAUAACAAAGAAAAUAAAGAUGUAAUUAAUUUCAAUUGUUAUAGAAAUAAAUUAUUUAUAUCUCAUAUACCUAUGCUAUAUAUAUAUUCAUAUAUAAUAAAUAUAUCUUAUUGGAUUAUCUUUUCUAGUGUUUCAAAAAGUGGUUAUAAUGAUAUAACAAAAUUUGUAACAAAUGAUUUUCAAAUAUCAGUUAUGGUUUUUUUUGGAAUAUUUUUCCUAAUUACAUUAUUUAUUCCACUAUUAAUAAUGAAAAAAAAAGAGUUUAAAAAUAUUAAUUCUUUUUUUUUCAUGAUUUUUUUUCUUUCUUUUAUCUAUAUAUUAUUAUUUUUAAAAAAUCCAUUUUCUGAAAAAACUCUAAAGAGAGUAAAUAUAGCUCAUGUAAGCAUAAAAGUGAGAGAUGAAAUAGGAAAUAUAGUUGAUGAAUAUAAUGGUUUAAGUUUUGGUCUUUGUGAUAGUUUGAAAUUAGAUAAAUAUGGUUUGAAAUUUUUGAAUAAUAGAGAAGAUUUAAAGGAAAUAUAUUUAAAUGAAAUAAAACAAUAUAUUGAUAAAGAAAAUUUACCAGAUAAAUAUGAAUUAGAAUUUCAAAAUAUGAAAAAUUUGAAUGAAAAGUAUGGAAAUACCUUUAGUAUUCCUUACUUUUGUGGAUAUUUUGAUUUCGUUCCAUAUAAAUCACCGAUUGAGGAUGAUAUUGAUUUUAGUGAAGAAAAUAAAAAAGACUUUUAUGAAUUGGAUGAAAUAUUUGAUGAUACUCAGAAUGAUUUAUUCGAAAAAAAUUCCUUAUUUAAAGAAAAAGGAAACGAAUCAAAUAUUACUAUAAAUUAUAUAGAAAAUAAAGACUUAAUGAAUAAAAAUAUAACAGAUGACAAUUUAAAAUAUGAAUUAUUUUAUAACGGUUCAAUAAAAACAACUUUAGGAUAUAAAAAAAUAAAGAUGGAUAGUUUUACAAGAAUAUAUAUACAAUUAAAGACAUCAUAUCAUACCUACAUGAACAUAUUAAGUGAUGAUGUAAUUAAUUGGUCUUUUGAUAGAGAAUUUAUCGAUGAUACUAUCUCUCAUUCAUUGAAAGAUAGAACUAUAAGAAUUAUUUAUGGAAAUAAUAAUAGAAUUACUCGCUUUUGGUUGGAUGUAAAAGAUUAUAAAGAACCUCUAACUAUUGUGACAAAGAGUUGUAGUUUCAUUAAUUUGUCUCCAAUUAUUCAACAGCUUAUUCAAAGAAAUAACAUUUUUUACAUUAGCAAAGUUAAUAAAAGUAAUGUAAAUAUUUCUAUAAAAAAAUCGACUAAUAACAACAUACCAUCGUAUGUUACUUCAAUUGGAGGAAAAUGUGAAAUAAAUGUAUGGAAUGUUUGA